AUUGUAUUUAAUAUUAGGGCCAUCUUCCGAUGGGUGACCUGGACUGACCUCAACGAGCUGGAAGUAGAGGAGACGGUUUGUCCCGAUAGCCCGAUGGGCCUGCUCAGGGGCAUCAAGUACGGUACUGAGACAUACCACGAUCUGUGCCGGAGGUUGUGCAGGUAAGAUAUCAAGCUAUAUGGCACACAACCGAACAGUGUAUGGGGCACUGUGUUAUCAAACUGUUUCACUAAUUAGAUCAUCAACGUGUAUUGCUUUUAUAUGUAUAUAUAUAUAUAUAUAAACACAAACUCGUCUGCUUCUAGAAACAGCCGCCUGGGUUCAAUAAGCGAUGUUUUUUUUAUGACAUAUUAUAUUUCAAUUUUGUAAAGGUCCUCUAAACAUGUAAACAUAUUCUCUGCAUAUGUAAACAUAUUCUCUGCAUAUGUAAACAUAUUCUCUGCAUAUGUAAACAUAUUCUGUGCAUAUGAAAAAAAUUAUUCUCUGCAUAUAUAUAAGUGUGGGAAAAGCUUUUCUAUGAGAGAAAGACACAUUGUCUUUUCAUCAGGGACGUGCUGGCCCACGACGACGCAACGAGCAUUCAUUCGUCACGGCCCUUUUUCGGCAGUUAUUACAAUCUCCGGUGUGCGGGGGAGGGGGGGGGCUCCGGGCCUUUCUUACUACACCGUUCGUCACAGGUUUCCAUGUGCCAGCACGUCCCGGCUUUUCACACCUAUGUCAAGUGGAUUUUAUUUAAUUUCCUCACGUAAUGAACACAGAGGUAAUGUAAAUCUCAAUAAACCUAACAGAGCAAAGACCAAGAGAUCCAUUUUUAUUACAUUUUUGUUUAUAGAAACUAAUGAUAAUAUUUCAGUUAUGCUGGUAUUUACUGUGAGGUCAUUGAGGGCUACUCAAAAGGCGCAGGCUACAAGCCAGGAAUGAAGAUGGAGAGCGACAGAUUCAGGUAGGACUAAUCAAAUAUCUGACCCAAAAGACUGUUCAUAUGAUAUUUUCGUUGAUUAUGAUAUUAUUUUCCCCCGUCUGUGAGAAAACUGGAAUAUUUAUACGAAAGUCAAUAUGGUUAUUCCAUUUUUUGUGGCUCUUGUCUAAUCUAUGUGUUUAUAGUUGAACUAUGUUUAGUUGAGCCAAGCACAUGUAACCCAACUGUGUGCCAGUCAUAAUGCUAUGUGCUUCUGAAUUGUUGUUGUUUUUUUUUACUCCACGAGUCAUAACCUACUGAUCAAAUAAUUUUACCUUAACGUUUGAGACGUUAAAGGUAUUUCAUUAAAUUUAGACCAGAAAGUUGUUUGUCCUUUAUAAUCGUGUAAAAAAUCUUGAAGAAAUUAAAACCUCAAUAUAUUUACAGUGUACUUUUUAAUGACAUGUUCCAAAAGAUAACAUCAAGAAUCAGUUUUGUUUUAAAAAUGAUUUUCAGGAAUUCCUGGACCGCUGUGAGCAUAGACGGCUCCUGGUGUUUCAUCAACUGCAACUGGGGGGCACGCCACGUCAAAGGCGAAGGAAGAGGCGAGGUGGCUGGGACCAACAAGAAGAAACGGGAGGGCCUCCGGCUGGACAGCAACACUCAAACACACUACAACAACGUGGAGAUACUGUACGAGCAGGAAGCCGGCGACGUUGUGGGGCGGGAUGGGGAGAGAAGAGACAGCCUCGAGAAUCGUGAAAGCAGUGGCGUGCCGCUUGUGGUAGGGGAAGGCGCCCCCGGCAGCGGCCCUGGUUCGGCCGGUGGAGCAGCCACCGCUGGGGGUGGAUUGUGCAGUACUUUCGGCGGCGCGGGGAGCAGUGGUGGCAGUCAUUACGGAUAUGGAAAUCUCCAAACUGGUAUUUUUUCCAGUGAGAAACGCCUCAAAAACGGAAGCACUGGAUCGCACAGUGACCAUUACGCGAGAUCAAAACUCCAAGGCAUAUCCAACAACACCAGCAAUGCUCAAAAUCCAGGAUACAACGGAUACAGCAGUCCGUAUGCUAUUCCAAACGGCUAUUCCUUAAACUCCACCUCGAACCCCUCAGACAACCAAACCCACGUUGUCAGAAAACUUUUACCCGACUUAGGCAGCAGCAACAAGGAGAACGGCCUGGACGAUCCCAGCGUCGUGACGAUCGACGGCUUCACGGGCAGGUCUCUCCUCGACGCCUUCUACAACAAAGACAUCAAAUCCAAGCUGACGGUGGCUCGCUUGUCCGACGGCGACACGGCCAGCUUCAGCAGCGGGUGCAGCAAGUCCAGCACCGAGAACAUGUCCCCGUCCCAGUCUCCCUUCGCGUCCAUCAGCUCGACGCCGCGGUCCGGGGGUGCGUUCAGCAUGCAUUCGGACUCGUCGUCCUCGUCCCAAAAAGACAGCGACAGGUAUUCGCCGCCUCAGUCGCUCUUCCGAGCCUCGAGGCAGCAGAGCCAGGAAGGCAGCGGGAUUCUGCCGAGGCCGUCUCCGCCUCAGUCCAUGUUCCGGAACUCGUCGGGCUCGGAUAACUCCGGGAACUCUGUCAGGUCGUCCCCGCCGCAGUCGCUUUUCCGGAUGAACGCCCUUUCCUACAACACGCCAUCUUGUAAGACGUCGCCGCCAAGCUCUCUGUUCAGGUUCACGACAACGUCCAACUCCACAUCGGUGACCUUGGUGGGGAUGGGCCAGGGACAGAAUGGCGAUUAUUUAAAACACGGUGACAGGCUGUCCCCGCCCCAAUCUGAAUCAGAGCGGUAAGAAAUCCAUUUACAACUAUCUUUUCUUCACACCUACCAGCAUUCCAUAAUGGCUGACCACUUUAACAUUUGCGAAAUGACAAUAUGAAGAUGAAAUGAGGUUAUUUAAAUAUAAAAUGAAUUAAUUUACCACAAAUCAAAGUAAAUAUUUGCCAAAUCUUCUGAAAGAGUGUCAGUAACGGGAUUUGGGAUCCUACUCUAUUUUUUUUUAAACAAAACACAUUAAAAAAAAAUUAACUAUGACAAUAAUUUUGAUUCUUUAUUGAGAGGGCCAAAUAUCAAGUUAGGACAAGGAUUAUACGAUGAGCAUUUUUGUAAAAAAUAAAAGGUAAAUUUUACAACGCUAUUUAACUAAACAUAUGUUGAAAUCAUUUCAUAUCAUCUAAUCAACAUUUUAACUUAUUUGUACGUACAGAUGGCGCAACAGCGACAGUUCGGGGGGACGCUCAGAGCGCAGGGACUCCAUCAGCACAGUUGGUGAAAGCCUCAUUGGAGAGGACCCAGGCACCGACCUCUCCAAGCAGCCCCUGUACUAUCAGUGCGACGAGUUCUACUUCAUCACGGACCCAGAGGACCACAUCUACCAACACUACCCCGAUGACCCGGCCUGGCAGCUGCUGGAGGUUCCCAUCACGAUGUCCGAAUUUCUAGACCUGCCCAUUGUGAAAUCCCCAUUUUUCAACGCGGGUCUUAAAUUUGCAUCUCACUACGACUGCAAGCAGCACACUCAAAAGGGGGAGGUAACGCUGCAGCUAAAAAUCCCCCGUCUUUUGAGUUUCGGAUACACGCUGGUGCCCAGGGACAAACGAAUGGUCAGUCAGAAUUCUCUGGACGGACGAGUUCUGCUAAGGAUAAUCGGUCACAAGGCCAUGUUCACGAUAGCCCCGCCCAAACGCGGCCGGUACUACUUUACCAUUUAUGUCAAGGACGACAGCGGCUCUGACCUACUCCAGAGCGCGUGUGCCUUCUUGAUCACGUGCCGGGAAGGAAGAGAGACCAUCAAAUCCCCUUACCCCAAAGUCGCGUUCUUCGGACCGACCCUGGCCAUGGCCGGUUACGGCCUGCUCCCUCAAACGCACAUCGACCCUCUGGUGUCGUACAACCACGACGAUAUCAAUUUUCAGUUCGCGGCCAGCAGAACCGUCCGGCUGUCCUACUCUCUAACUUUCCAUUGCCAGCGCGCGGACGCCAUCGACGCAGACUUACAAAGGUACGCUUUCCUGCGACACCGAGACGACACGUCGAUGGCGCUUCAAGUGCGCUGCCCUCACGUCGGCAAGUACGUCUUUUCGAUAUACGGUGCGAAAUCCGCCAACCCGGAAGAACCGGACGGGCAGUACGAAUGUCUGUUCCGGUACCUCAUAGACUGCAAGCAGAGCGCCACCAACAAAUCCCCCCUGCCCCGGGCGUGCCAUCGGUGGUGCCACAGCCAGCUGUUGGAGCCCGUUCAGGGCGACCUGGCCACAAACACCCGAGUGACGUUUCGUGUGAGGGCGCCACUGGUGUGCGACAUGGCUCUGUUAAUGGGCGAUGCCUGGUACCACUUCAGGAACCAUCCUGACCAUAUAUGGGAAGCGUGUUUGACGACAGGGGCAUCGCCUUGCACGGCGAAGCUUUACGCGAGACUUAACAGGGAGACCGCAAGGUUUUCUCCUUUCUUAGAAUUUCAGAUUCUUGGAAAGAACUCCUAG